UACAGUUGAAAAGCAACAAUGAACAUUCGUGUGAUGUAUGUGGUAAAAGGUUUGGUCAGAACCGUCAAUUACUCACACACGUGAGAAUACAUACUGGUGAUAAACCAUAUAAAUGUGAUGUAUGUGGUAAAGGGUUUGGGGAAAACGGUAAUUGUCGUAGAUACAUGAGAACUCAUACUGGUGAUAGGCCACAUACGUGUGAAGUAUGUGGUAAAAUGUUUGGGCUGAACCAUCAAUUACUCAUACACAUGAGAACACACACUGGCGAUAAACCAUAUAAAUGUGAUGUAUGUGGUAAAGCGUUUAGUGACAGCAGUGCCUGCCGCACACACAUGAGAAUACACACUGGCGAUAAACCUGACAAAUGUGAUGUUUGUGGUAAAUCGUUUAGUGAUAGAAAUAGCUUACAGAAACACAUAAGAACACAUACUGGCGAUAAACCUUACACAUGUGAUGUAUGUGGUAAAGGGUUUAGUCAGAAUCAACACUUACAGGGACACUUGAGAACACACACUGGUGAUAAACCUUAUAAAUGUGAUGUAUGUGGUAAAGGGUUUAGUCAGAGUCAACACUUACGGACACACAUGAGAACACACACUGGAGAUUAACCUUAUAAAUGUGAUGUUUGUGGUAAAGGGUUUAGUCAAGAGUCAACACUUACAGACACACAUGAGAACACAUACUAGUUAAGAUUCUCAUACAUGUGAUCAAUGGUUGUGAACUUGGAUAUG